GGCCAACGUGGGGACGACGAUACUAACCCACUUCUUGCUGUCGUGUCUCCUCUUAUGUGAACAGCCGACAGAGAAGGGCCCGCAGCUAUGAAUCCAGUGAAACCCUCUCAAUCGUCACUAUUUCAGGUGUUCCUCCGCCUUCGUCCGCCCAUUUCCCAGCCAGAUGACCAGGCCGAACGAUGCUUAACAGUCGAGUAUCCUGAGUCUCGAGAUGAGGUUGGAAAUGACCAGGAAAAUUCAGCUUCAGCAGCAACCCAUAUUGUCCUGCAGCCGCCAAGUGAUGCUAGAAAGCGGACAGUUGAGAAAUUUGGAUUCACCAAGGUUUUUGAAGAGUCGGCUUCUCAGUUAAAUGUGUUCGAGGACACAGGACUCGAUUCAAUCAUACAGGGAGUGCUGCUCGAGGGAAGAGAUGGUUUGGUCGCUACAUUAGGCGUGACAGGAAGUGGAAAGAGCCACACCAUCUUGGGCUCGAAAACCCAAAGAGGCCUCACCCAGAUGAGUCUCGAUGUGAUCUUCAAAUCGUUAGCCUCGACAAUCAAACCACCAGACAACUCUAUCAAUCCCCUCCUUCUGUCCUCAGUUGCGUCGUCGGACCAGUCAGAAUCGCAGAUAUUCACAGCACAGACUUUUCUCGAAGCUGUAUACGGAGACCAAAGUGCCGACCGUGGUAGGAACUCUAGAGCACAGACCCCAAUGAGCUCUGGAAGAGCUCAGACUCCUCUGACGGAACCGACGCCUGCUAUUAUUUUCCCCCGUCGUAAUCUGCCCCAGCGGCCAAAUGUUGCGCCUCGUUCGCCCGAUGUUAGCCAUCUCACGUUGGAACUGAAUCCUAACUCUGAAUAUAUCGUACUGGUGUCAAUGUAUGAGGUCUAUAAUGACCGUAUCUUUGACCUUUUAUCGCCAGCGAUAGUCCCAGGCCAAGGAAGUACCGUGUCGCGAGGGGGAACCAGCCAGAAGGACAGACGAAGACCCCUCCUUUUCAAGUCUACUGAAGGUUCUCCCGACAGAAAGGUCGUCGCGGGCCUACGCAAAAUAGCCUGCAGUACUUAUGAAGAGGCACUGGCAAUUCUAGAAGUCGGACUUACUGAACGCAAAGUCACGGGUACUGGCGCGAACAGUGUCAGUUCACGAAGCCAUGGAUUUUUCUGCCUCGAAGUCAAGAGAAGGAUGCGCAAUAAGAGAACGGGAGAAGAAACAUGGAUGGGGAACACACUUACAGUGGCAGACCUUGCUGGCUCCGAGCGUGCAAGAACUGCCAAAACGGCUGGAUCUACCCUGGCUGAGGCGGGUAAAAUCAACGAAAGUCUGAUGUAUCUCGGUCGAUGCUUACAAAUGCAGAGCGAGAUACAAGAGGGGAAGACUGCUCUGGUCCCCUUCAGACAAUGCAAGCUCACCGAGCUACUAUUCUCGAACUCAUUCCCAUCAUCUAACCAGACGUCUGGUCCCAAUCGCCACCCACAAAAGGCUAUUAUGGUAGUGACCGCAGAUCCUCUUGGGGACUACAACGCAACUUCGCAGAUCCUGCGCUAUUCAGCUUUGGCGCGGGAAGUCACCGUGCCUCGGGCUCCAUCUGCGACCGAGUCUGUCUACUCUGCUACAGUUGAGCCUCGCAAGUCUUCUGCUAGCGAACGCUCUGCGCCGAAUAUGGCAACUAGUGAAGAGCUCGAGAAGGCAUUAGCCGAAAUCGACAGACUGGCGAAGGAGAAUGAGGCACUUUCCGUGAGAUUAGCAGAAGAAGAGAUCAUGAGAGCAGAUUUAGAUAUGAGACUGAGAACUAGUGAAGAAACAUGUCUCGUGAUCGAGCAGGAAGUGCGCGAAGAGUGCUGGGCUGAAAUGGAUGAGAGGAUGGAAGAAGAGAGAAAGAAGUGGCAAAUUGCUCUGGAGGAACAGGCGGGUCAUAACGAUGAACACCUUGAUAAGAAGAUUGAACUAUUGUCUCGCGGUUUCCAAGUCCAUACCGAUCCCGAGCCUUCUAGGGAUGAGAAGGUGGAAGAACUGGAGUUCGAAAUUGACCAGCUUCGCAGCAAGGUCACAUCAUUGGAACGUGAACUAAUGUGCCGAUCUCCUACAAAGAAGUCCAAAUCCAAGAAUACACUCGAGUCGUCUCGCAAUUCCAAUAUCCUUGGUCGCGAGAGUGACAUUGACAUGGCACUCCAACGGAUGGAUCAGUUGAAGCUUGCAGACAGCAUGUUUUCUCCUGCUCCGCCUGCAACCUCCCCCGGUAAAAGGCUAAGAAAGAUGGCAACCCGAAAAUGGGAUUUCGCCCCCGAGGAAGAUAUCUGAAUUCCUUGAUGAUACCCGCGAACCCUUUCAGAUUGAAGUUUUGACACGCCCAGUCCUUUUUCUUCAUUUUUCUUUGACUUGACAUAUUGAAACGCUUAUUCACUGUACAUUAUAUGAGGAGGAUCAUGGGCGUUAUGUUUUGGUUGUGAUAGAUUGGGGUUACGACAUUUCAUGUAUAAAUAUUAAUUCUUGUGUAU